UCAGCUGCCGGCAAAUGUCAAAAACCCCUGGAAGUCGUCUUUGUCCUCGACAGUUCUGAGAAGGUGGGCAAAGAAAACUGGGAAAAGAUCAUCAACGCUUCAAUUAACAUUGCGUCUCAAUUUGAUUAUCUGUACACACAGUUUGCUGUGAUUCAGUAUCAGACGUACCCAGAAAUUACCAUCAAACUUAGUAAAUUCACCGAUGACAAACAGUUGGCAGAUACCUUUAAGAAGUUAUUCUACAAAGCUGGUGGCAAGAGGACAGAUCUUGCUCUCAACAAAACUCUUGACGUGUUUAAGUACGCAAAACCACGCAAGGCCAGUAAGGUAUUUGACAAUACAAUUUUACCCGUGUUUAUUGUCACAUUAGGGACUUUAAGCAAGGACUACGGAGGCGUCUAGUAUGGUGACCGGAAGUAAUCUUUUCCACGCGCUACCUGUCAAUGCUAGUAGCGAGUUUUUAGAUACCACGACUGUGAUGGCUUUGUAAACAUCGCUUAAAAAUUCAAUUCACUGAAUAAAUUCACUCACUGAUUCAGGGGCACCCAACGGCAAUUUUCGGGAAAAUAUCUGUUCGGAAGACGAUUUGAGAACUAGAAUUUUCGGAACAUUUGUUGUAAAAUUUCUUGCUUGCCUGACUCUCCUAGGAUCUUCGAACAUCUACAAAAUGGUAUAAUUACCCAUUUCAAACGGAUAUUCACCCUAAAAAAGGCCACCUAGAAUUUUCGGGAGCCUUUUCCUGGCUGAAAUUUUCGAAAAGGUAAGUAUUGAUCCCUAUAAUUUUCGGAUCAUUACAUUUUCAGCUAGGAAAUCCGAACAGAUGAAAAGUUUUUAGGGAAUAAAAAUAUGCCUAUAUCUACCGUUUAAAUACUAAAAUACGUUCAACAAUGCUAUGUUAAGUGGUUUUGAACUAUAUCCUCGUUGGGUGCCCCUGCUGAUUAUUAUCAAUAAUCGUACACGCAAAACCACGCAAGGCCAGUAAGUUAUUUGACAAAACAAUUCAGUUUACCCGUGUUUAUUGUCACAUCAGGGACUUUAAGCAGGGACUACGGAGGCUAUUAUUCCAACUGACUUACUUUCUCAAAUGUAGGAGAACUCUCGUGAAACAGUGACCCACUUCCACAAAAAAGUGUGAUACAUAUGCAAAGUUUUCAAGUUUUGCUUGUGUUUUAUUUGCCCUAUACAGCGAAUGAAAAUAUGGCGGACCUCUCGGCCUGCCAGGUUCUCGUUGCGCGAAAGAGAGGCUUGUGAGGCCUCAAGAGUUUUGUUUUGCUUGCGCGUCUUAGCGAUUGAGUCUAUCGAUAUUGUUUGCUUUGAUUUGUUACUUGCUCAAAGGAGAUUUAACUCAAGCAGAGACGGAAGUUUAUUAUCUUCCGUUUGCCAAGGUUUUAACGAAGAAAGAAAUGAACUCAAGGGAUUCGGGCGCGGAGAAUGGAAGCACUUUACUAUCACGGAGUUAAAAGAACCGGAAAGUGUGCUCCCUUCACUUCAGAAGAGAAGACUCCCGAAACUAUUUGAAUGGGAGAAUUCCUGAGAGUUUGUUCUGUAUUAAGUCCGUUUUUUCCGUUCUCUUAACAAGAACGAGUGAAUCCGCCGUCGCGACUUAACACUCCUUAGGAGCUCUCAGGGACACUCCUGUGCACGAAAUGUUCACAACAAAGCCGAAUGUUUUCACAGUCUUCACGAUCCUGUGUUCAAGAGUUUUAGCAGUGUCAUAAAAGUAGCAGUGUUUGGAAAACCGCUGUUAGUUUAUCUCGAAACUCUUCGACAAGUUGCUAAUUAAAAAUAGAUCACGCGCAAGGGCAAAUACAGUACUCGAAUACUGGCAUGCUCUUUACUGUCAGAACCUUUUCCCUUCUUCUUACUUUCUUAGUUCGCAACAGUUCCUUUGUUAGUUUUUUUAAUGCACUUUGAUCGGAGGACUGUUCUCCAAACAUGUCGCUUUCUUAUGGUUCCUACAUGGUUUCGUAGGCCAAGCUCGUAGGAUUAUAUUAAAAGGGGAUUGUUAUUGUUGUGUUUCAUUCACACUCGUCACUGUUGUUAUAUUUUAAUGCAGCUGUUUCCAGCACGAGAUCUUAAAGUAGACAGCGGAUACUCCCGUUUUCGAGAAUGCUUACCUUCUGUUGGAUAAAUAGCAGAUCAUGCAAACAUCAUGGAACAGCACCAUCUCUUGCGAAAAUUACAUUCAUUCAAUUGUCCCCUUUUCUAAAGCUAGUGAAGUGAGCACACCUUUGUUUUCACUGUUGCGUCCCUUGGCCGCGCCGAAUUACAUCAGGUGAAUCCUAACUUUUUUGUGAAAAGGUAGCUCCGGCUAGAGUAAUAUCUCCUUUUUGGAGGCGCUCAGGCACGCAACAACGUGAAACAAACCAUAUCGAUCGACUCAAUCGCUAAUAUGUGCAGCCGUCAAAACAAAACUCGAUCUUGAGGCCUCACUAGCCUCGCUUUUGCGCAACUACACUGUAGACCCGGGCCAGCCGAGAGUUCCGCCAUGUUUGCAUUCGGUGUAUUCACACCACUUGGAAAAGGAGAAAUAUUUUGAAUGAAUAUUGUUUUUUUAAGGUUUGUAUCCUUAUAACUUGUGGUCCCUCAGCGGAUGUGUACUUUGAUGCAUCGAAGCCACCAGUAACAGGGGCUGACCUUUUGAUGACACCGACGGACCAGCUACACAACUCUGAGGUAGCUGUGUAUACAGUGGGCAUUCAGGAUGGUCUUUCAGCGGAUGACAAAAAGACUCUUACCUCGCAUUUGAAUCUCAUUGCGAGCAAGCCUUAUGAUGACCAUGUCUUUGAAGUAGCAGACUAUGCUAAACUGGGUGAUACGGCGUCAAAAGUAGCUAAUAAAUCGUGCGUAGGUACGUGACGUUUUCGAGUCCAGGUUCUCCUCAAAAUUUGCAGUUAGAGUAGCAACCAUUAGAUUAUUGUUGUUUAUUCAACUGCGAGGAUCAUUUCCACUUCCAUGUCAUUAGGCAAUUAAUGUGAAACAGAGAGAAACGAAUAAACAAAACUUGACUGGAACUAAAAAAAAAAUCAAAUCGUUUGUAUUACUUGGUCUAGAGAGUUAGGAGACACUGAUCAUGCACGACGGACUUGACAAAACGGACGCCUGAAUUAUUAGACAAUGCCUGAUGAUAUUUAAUCAACAAAAUAUUAUUUAAUUGAGCUAAUAAUAACUUCUAGGUAAAAAAAGUGGUUUUCGUAUGGUUGGAGGGUUAGGGUUUUGUAAGUUUUUUAAUGGAGCUGUUAUGAAAUAAAUGAUCACAAUCGGACACAUAGAAAAGUAAAACAACGUUACUUUUUUGCUUCCACAAUUUGGAUGGAUUUGCGAGAAAUUUAUUAAAAAUGCACUCACUGAUUAUUUCUCACCCCUAUUUUAAAAUAAUCGUAGUCGCUAAAGGGUUGGUAAGUGUCUUUUUUUAUUGUUUUUCUCUCAGUGAAUGGAGGCUGGAGCACUUGGUCGCCCUGGUCUCAAUGUAGCCAUCCUUGUAUGAUAAAGAUGCGAACAAGAGAAUGUACUAACCCUCCUCCUGAGAAUGGAGGUCUUAACUGCACCGGUACAAAGGUCGAACAAUUCCCUUGUGGUUCAGCCGUGGAAUGUCAGAGUAAGGACACUAUAUACCUAAUCUUACAGUAUUUUUUUAAAUGGGUGAAGCUUAAUAGAUAUUUCUACUCGUUCAUGAAUUGAGCAUACACUGUGUUCUUCACAUCAAUAGGGACUUUAAGAUCAAACAACCCGACGGCAACGAGAACGUCACUUUUUCAGCCUUUAUCUCGAUUAUUCCUACCCACAAACCAUAUUUCGUCGCAAAAAAUUUCUCUUUGGUUUCUGAAACAGUGCAGUACUUUGAAAAAAACUAUAUGCAAAACUUUCGGCGAACCCUUCUGAACAUAAAUUCCAAGGGACCUUAUCCAAGUUCAGAAGGAAAGACUUUCCAAAACCUCACUUGAAAUAAAAGACAAACAAAAGAAAAAAAUUGAUGAUUUUGUUCGUUGUUGCCUGUUUGCGUUCUCAAUAAAAGGCGAAAUUAGGCAUUUUCUUCAGCUCGAGGUCGCGCAAUAACGGCAAAGAAAUGUACAAAAAAGUGCGAGGAACGUGCAAACUUGUUGUUUGGCGUAUUAAACCUUAUUUGUAAUAAUUGUCCUAUGUAUUAAGUCUUAAUAUUGCCGCGUGCUUUAUUCUUACCUUUUUUUUUCUUUCUUCUUAUGCACUUCUUAAACAGCAAGCCCAAAGCCGGGUAAGUUUAAAACCCUUUUGUUGCAUAAUAGGCCUUAUCAUCAGGCUAGUCAAAGUUGUAACUCUGCCAUGUUUGGAAUGCGAGAGUAGCAUUUACAUUUUCGACCUUUAAAACACGGUAUUGACAAUAUUUUGAGUCAAUUCUCAGGUAAUAAAAUGUAUUUGGUGAUUGUUCACACAAACAAAUAUUUGAAAACAUAAACUAGUAAAACAGUGCCAAUCAAUAUUAACCAUGUAAAUAACGUAAUUUUAUUUAAGGGGUCUUUUCUUGACAUCAAUAACUGUGGGUUAAACUUUUAUACACGUUAAAUCCCACUUUGAAGAAACAACUUAAGGUAAUUGUGAGUAACGUGCACGUUUAAAUAUUUAUUAACUGACAUUGGUAAUACCUAAAUAGCAUGCUAACAACUUAACCAUCUAUUUUUUUUUCUCCUCUGGCUCGUGAAUUCAUCAAACGGUAAGUUCUACGAUCACUUAUUCCAAAUAAACCAUUAAAAAAUUAAAUAUAUUAUGAACAUUUGUUCAUAUACGUUCGCUGGCACGACUUGCAAUUAAAAAUUAAAAUGUUCAAAUGUAUUCAAUCUCUAAAGAGCUUCUUCCAAUUACUGCUUUAACAGACAAGUUAAUAUCCCAGAGGUUACUUGUAUAGUUAACAUAAUCAAAGGCGAAAUAACCGUGAUCGUUCUUCCUGGGCUUUAAACUCUUACUAUAAAUCUGUUUUAAAGAAAAUCGCGAGAAACCAACUAUCUCCCGAGACAGUUUAUUAUUUCAUUACACAUUAAAGACACUCACCCACACAUUGUUCAUGAUAACGUCAUGAUAUUUAUUUAUACAUCAUUUACUUAUCUGUUAGCAGGUAAGUGAACUGAUAAUCUUUAGGGCGCUGAUAUCCAAAAUAUGCUGUACGUUCUAAGCCAAUAAAAAAACAGAUAGUGAGUUAAAUUUGUAAUGAUAGAAAAUAAAUAAAAUGUAGCCAAAAUGAAAUUUGGGGCCUUUUCUGCUCACCUUUGUGUGUUUAAGUGUAGACCUAGAGGUUCACGGAUUGGCUGACAAUAAAGAAUCCCUGAAUUCGUUUGUCAAAAAACUUUGCUUUACAAUGUCUCUCUUCCUCUCCCGUCCCCGUUUCUAACGACCUUAAAUACUAGAGGUAGCCUUAAAGUAAUAAGGUAUUACAAAAAGCUUUUUAUGGCUCCCCUGGUCGAAUUAUAAGCAAUGGAAAAGCACCAUACGCUUCCAUACCAGAGAAAUUACUCUUACAUUUGUACAUAAUAUACUAACCCGGGUAUAGAGGGAGUUGCAGACACAACUUAAGUAGUAAAUAGAAGUUUUUUUGUGCGAUGAGUCAAAAGCCAAAGUCAAAGGUCUAAAGUGUUCGGAGUAAGAACGCUUUUCACUGUGAGCGCUGACAAUAUAUUUCGUUCUGAUAUGGUGUUUUCUUCUUAGUUUGAAGCGUAGAAAGUAUGUGUUCUGUAAUUGUCAUUGUCAGCGCUGGGGAUACAAUUAAUCGCACAAUUAGGCAGCUGAUCAAACCAAAGAAAGAUGUUUGUUGAGCAAAGCAAUUUGCUUUCAAGAGGUGUCUGGACGUAAAUAUCAGUGUUCAAGGAGGUUUGCAUGCGCUACUCGUAUUGCCUUCAUACAUGUUUAAUUGAAAAUAAUUAAAACUGCACAGUUUGUGAAAUCUGAGUUUCUGUGUCAAUUCUCUACUGAUAUAGAGACUUAUUCCCCUAGGUUAUCCCAAACCUACAUCUGCUCCACAAAAACAACUUGGAAUAAAUCAAAACCAACCACAACCUCAAACUCAACCACAACUACAACCACAACCACCUCUAAAACCUCCAUCACAACCACAACCGCAACUUCAACCACAACUACAACAACCACAACCACAACCACAACUACAACCUCAAUCACAACCACAACCACAACCACAACUUCAACCUCAAUCUCAACCUCAACCUCAAUCACAACCACAACCGCAACCUCAACCUCAACCACAACCACAACCACAACCACAACCUGGACCACAACCUCAACAAUUACAACAACAAGUGCCCCCAAAGCAGACUGGAAUUGUCGUUAUUGGUGCGCCUGAUCCAAAAAGUAAGACAUUUAUUUCAUAAAGGGGAAGCUGUUUUGAUGGGCAAGUAAAGUUUCAGUGGAUGAUCCCUUUUGUGUUUACGUAUCAUCGAUUGUUACGACAUUUGCUCAGCUAUUUGAAUUCUUAGAGCUUGAACUUUUUUUUUUCUCAAGGAGAUUUUUUGUGGCAUGUAUAAACUAAGAUAAUUGCAGCGCUUCGGAUGCGCCAUCCUAUUUCAUAAUUAUAAAAUAAUUCUUAGUUUUUGCGUCAGGUAUGCGGCCAAGAAAUCACACCGAAAUGUAAAUUUUAAGAAUGAGUCGUUUCAGUGAAUUGAGUCGCAAGAAAAUUAUUUUUCUAGCCACACAUUCACAGAUUAAAUUAUAUAAUUAUAUAAAUGUCUAUUUUGACAGCGUGUGGAAACGGGUUAGAAUUUGUUAAAUUGAAGGAUGCGCAGUUUGAUGCUACAACAUCGUACGCUGAAGGACCAAACGAAGCAGCUAAGGUUCAAUCAAGAAUUGAUCACAUGCCUUCAAUGGGACAAGUCAAUAAUACUAAAGGGAGAGGUAUCUAUUUAUCGAUUUACUAUAUACAAAUAAUGUGAUAUUCGGAUCGGCUGUCAAGUAUAUUCUUUUUCCUGAUAAUAGCUAAUAAUAAACAAUUCACGAAGAGAAAACGUAGAAAUCGUUCGCCAUACUAUCAAUCAUUAUAAUCUGGUUUUAGAAGCUAGCUCAGCCAUCUGCAGUGUUUCUUUUCAUUCGCGGAUACCUCUAAAUUUGUCUCCAAAAAUUGCGGCUGCAUGUUAGUGUUUACAUCUCGGAUGCUGGAAACGCAUCAUUAUUGUAUUCUUAAAAUCAAGUCGGGAUUUUUCCAAGGGCAUAGGUGGACUAGAUAUUCAGCAAUAAUUGGAUGAGGCCAAGUAUCUGAAGAAUUGUGGACCUUCGGCCCCAUUGGAUAGCAAUCCAAGAUCUGCAUAAGUCUUCAGAACAAACGAAAGCCUAAUCCAAUAUUUGUUUUGUUAUUCAUUCAAUAUUAAAAGUGUUACCCCAAUCGUCAUCAUUUGGCUGUUGCUCGGCAAAUUCAGAAUAUAAAAAGUCCUUUAGACUGGAGAUCUUUCUUCUCUUUUUAGAUAGAAGUUGGACUAUUUCUUUCUCACAACACGUGUGAAAUUUUUCACCAUUUUUCCACCAGCUCUACUCUCUCUUUGUUCUCUCUGUUUCUCGGUUGCCAUCCCUUUUCCUGGCGAUAGCCCAUACAUUUGAUGUCAUUUUAUCGAAUUGAUAUCACAAACGUCUUUCAAAUUUGGUCAAAGGUAGCUGGUUCUCAAGAAUUAGCUGGGGGAUUUGUGCCAUCAGAAUCGGAGAAAUAUUUUGAAUUAACAAUUAAUGAAUGAGGCUGAGUAUCUUAUGAAGAAUUAUGGAGAUCGAGAAGGGUGUUAUCCGUCGAGGCCGUAGGCCGAGGCAGAUAACAGCCUCCUCGAUCUCCAUAAUUCUUCAUAUGAUACGAAAGCCGAAUUCAAUAAUUGUUUUAUUAUUUAUUCAAAAUAAUUCCUCGUUUUAAAACAAAGCUAAAACAUGCUUACCUCCAUCGAUCCAUCGAUGUUAAGUUCAUCUUCGAUAGUGCAAGUUUGGGGUUGUUCAUCGCCCUUCGAGUUGUGUUCUUGCUGUUCUUGCCAUCUUUUUAGCUAUAAUUUCGCCUAGUUCUUACUCUUGAAAAGAGUGAAAUGCCCACCAUUUUUUGUUUUAAAAACCAAAACAACUCAACUUCGUCCCCAAGUCUUCUCGGUUAACGGUGCAUUAACCUGCAAGAAGGCUGCACUUUUGACGUCAUUGGUUCAUUAAACACAAAAUUCUUCCAAAUUUGGUCAUCAGUAGCUGGUUAUGGUGAAUUAUGCGUGUGCUUUUAGCCAAUCAGAAUCGGGGUAAUAUUUUGAAUCAAUAACAAUGAAUAAUGAAAACCUGUUUUCUUUUACAACAGGUGCAUGGUGUGCUGACCACGCUAAAGCUGUCGCCAAAGACAAGAAUCAGUACCUUCAGCUUGACCUAGGAGUACCAUGCCUAAUUGGAAUGGUGGAAACACAGGGACAGUUCUAUUAUCCUAAUUAUGUGUCUAAGUUUGCACUUUCAUUUAGUGACAAUGGAAUAUCUUGGAAGGACUACGACAAGGUAAAUAUGUAAGUUAUUUAGUUUUGCUUUAAGUGAUGGUAGAAUCUGAAUCUCAAACCUCACCAAAAAGUACUUAUAUCUGCAGCAGCGAAGGAUAAACUGGAAUCAAUCAAGUUACCGGGGUAAAUGCCUCUCUUAACAAACAUAACCAAGACAUAAUGAGCUAAGAGAGCGAAUCCCUAUACCCUAUAAAAACUGAUGCAGAAAAUUAUUUGAAAUCUAUUUAAAGUUCGCGCGUGCUGCAACGGUUAUUUUUGUCUGCUGUUUCAGUGACCCGUGUGUUCUACUUUCACGAGGAGAACGUGACAUAUUCUGUCUCCAAACAUUUGAAGUUUGACAGCCGUUACAGCAGUUGGCGUGCCACAGGUUUAGGUUGUUGACAUUUUUUUCAUCAGCGAGUUCUAUUGGGAUCAAUCGUUUCAACCAAACCGGUUUAAGUUGAUUAGGUUGAAGCUAUUGUCUAAUCGUGUUUGGUUGAAACGCGGUUGUCACUGCGCGCGUAUAGUCGGCGUUUCCAGUCUUUCUCGACUUCAGUCGCCUAGGUUGACAACGUGAUGGCGAAAAGCAGAAUACGUGUAGUUGCGUCGCUUCUUGUUCAUCAACUGGUGCAAAAAGGCAUGUUUCUCCCCUGAUGAAAUAAAAAAACUUUACAAGUGUAAUUUACAAGUGUAACUGUUUAAAGCAAUGGCUACACUUGUAAAUUACACUUGUAAAAGUUUUAUUAAAUCGACUUUGACAUGAGGAGACCAUACAUCGUGCGUUUCAGUCAAAUUUUUAAAACAUGCAUCGUGUACGCCCGACACAAUAAAUCAAGAAAGUAAACCAGACAGAAAACCAAUAAAUAAUCAGCCUAACCUUAGAAACUGGUCCUAAAAGGCAGUAAACAAGGUCAGUAAAAGUGUGCAUCAAUUUUAAUUAUUUCAAAAAAGCUAAAACGUCUAAUAUGAAACCGCCAUUUAUACAUGGGCUAUAGGAAACACGGGUUUCGACUAAAUAAAGGUUACACUUUAGUUAAAUAAAUUACUCACAAUGAAGUAGCAGUUUGUCGUUUCUGGUCAAUUCUGCCAGUAUAUUUCUUGUAGAAAAGCCUGGAAAUAGGCUUUGUUUUGAUUCAGAAGUCGAGUUCUUGGUAACGGAGCGUCUUCGAAUCCUCACAAUGGGCGUUAAGCGAUGAAGCUAAGUUAAGCUGUGAGUUAAGUGUAGCCUGUUGGUGGGAAACACUUUGAUGGUUGGUAGGAGAUUUGAGUUAUUAACCAAUUGCAGAUCCGAUCAAAUUUGUGUUCAGUGGUAAAAUCAAAGGAGCCUUUCCAGCCCCCGAAUAGAGCUAAAAAUGUCACAUCGUAAACCCACACGGGUUCGGACAUGUUGAAAAAAGUUUUCAUCAGUUCCAGACUAAAAAUCACCGCUUGCAUGAAACACGUCACUAAACCAGAAAAGGAGGAAAUCUACUGGAAGAAUAAAAGGCAUUCAAGGCGGGCAAGAUUUCUUCUACUUUAAUAUCAAAGCUCAGCUUUUAAUGUUUUUUUUUUAUUGUUUUCGUGGCUACGAUAAAAAUAUAUCAAGAUUUUUCCAAACAUACCAAAGCCAAAUAGUGUUUACUGUUAUGUUCAGAUGUUUCAAAACAUCGUCUCUUAUUCGCACUUUAAUUUUUGGAAAUGGAAUUAUAUGGACAUUUUAUCUGUUCUUUCCUGGAUUUCAAAAACCGUCUCUCUUAGCCUUGAAGUCUGAGAAAUAUUUUAUAUAGAUAGAUAUACAGGAGGACAUAAUGAACGUAUUUCUAAAUUUACUUCAUCAUCUUCUUCAACGCGAUUGAUCGAGUUUCGUUCCACCCAAGGAGGUUUUAGGAGGAUCAACACCACGCGCUUCAAACCCGCGCCUCGGAAUUCGAAGCGAACGCUCGGUUACCAAGACUUAACGAAUACCGAUCGGAAUAAACUGAAAAAAAGCUUCUUUACAGGCUUUCUACAAGAGAUUUACUGGAAGAAUUAUCAGAAACGACAAAAGACUACUUCAUUGUGUGUAAUUCAAGACCCACCCCAACUUAUUGAACCAAAAUUUAACGUUUAUUUAGUCGAGACCCAUGUUUCCUAGAGCCCAUGGUUUAUGGGACACUUUCCUCAGCAACAAAAAAAUAAACAAACUAUCAAACCAUCUUUGAACAGCAAAAUGAUCUUGAUAGCGGCUGUAUAUUGUGUUGUGGCAGCACUAAAAGAACACAACAGCAAUGAAAGAACACACAAAGUUUAAAACUUAAAAGUAGACGUCGUUUACGUUGUCUGGUCAGUUUGUAGAAGACAAAGAUCCUGGUCAAAUUUAUGAAAAUUUAUCUACGUGAAAAUCUUUUUGUUUCUUACACAACUCUAGUGUCUAGAAGCCGUUUCUAUCUGGAGCGCGACCAAAAGUAUGACCAAGCUAAAAGCACAUAGUACCUAAAACUGUAUUUUUAACUAUUUUUUGUCGUAAGAUAAACAAAUGAAAUUCAAGAUCUUUACUGGAAAAACUCCAUUGGCAAGCCUCAUGUCUUUGAUUCCCCAUCCCCUCCCUUGCAGAGUUUACUUAGUCCUUCCCUGCCAGUCCUUAUGGGUGGACGCGUACGCUGACGACACAAACAAAUUUUCUCGCAUUGAAAGGUUUCCAUUUUCUAUAACAAUGGAUCUUCCGCUAUGAAGAAAAGUUAACUUUCAUUUGAAUUACUUUGUGGUCUGAAAUAAAACACUGAUAGACAUCUGCGUAUGAAAUGCUUUUGCAGGUUCUGGUUGGUAACAAUGAUCAAAAUACCCGUGUGGACAAUUAUCUCACUACUGCUGUCACCACGCGCUUUGUUCGAUUUAAGCCUGUGGAGUCUUCAACAGAUGAUAUCUGCAUGAGAGUGGCAGUCUUCAAGUGUCGACGUAAUGCAAUUUGUUCCUCUAACUGUUAA